AUGGAGAUCGUAGAGCGUUGGUUUGAGAAACAACAUAGUCAAAUUCAAAAGUGGGAAAAAAAUUAUGUACGAAAAUAUCAAAAAGAUAUUGUUAGUCGAAUUACACACGUUAUGGAUUGCGAGGCGUACACGUUGGGAAAAAAUCAAGUUUAUUUACGAGAGGUGUCCGUGUAUCGAAUAUGCGACGGCAAGACAUUUUCAUUUCAAAUUUAUAUGCCAAAUAUUUAUAUAAAUCCCAGGGUAAUUACCAAAUUCACCACGUACAUGGUUUACCCGUGGUGUAUGAAAAAAACAAUGAUGAUUUUUUACAAUAUCACGACGUGUAUAAAGUGUUAUGCGAAGAGUUUAUGACCUCUGCUGAUUUGGUGGGUUAUAAAGGGGGUACUAUCGAAAGAGAUUUAUUGAAGAAAUUGGGUACAAAAGGUAUUAAUAUCGAGUUAUUAGGGUGCGAGAAGUAUGCAAACUUGAUUACCAAAUAUGGUAUGACACCCGAACGUUGCCCGUAUCAUUUGUAUGGCGAUUAUCAUUGUUCAUUUAUCAAAAGGACAGUUGGCCAUCGCCACGUUUGAUGCUUUAUUAAAAAAUUAUCCACAUCACCCUAUUCUAUGGCGUUUUUAUUCUGUAAACAGCACGUUACGUACGAGAAAACCCCGCAUGAACAAAGAACGUAUUAUUUACGAUUAUUUUGUGGAAAAGAAUCCGUGGCUGUGUGGUGUGGGCACUGGCUUGAAUUCUAUCAUUUGUUACGAUGAUAAAAUUAAAGAUGAAGACGGAAAUUCUAUGACUGAAGCGUUGGUUUCGCCAAGCUAUAGCGAAGGAGUUAUGUAUGUUAUACCCUGUGAAUGGGUGAAAAGAGUGGUAUUCAACGAAAAGGGGUUCAUGAUUCUGAAAUCCUUCGAGUUUUGCUGCCGUCAGGUUUUGAAACGUACCGAUUGUAAAUUGAUACGUUGUCAAGAGAUGAUUUUGGGCGAACCCUAUCUUAAGGAUGCAUCGUAUUUUCACGUAGGCUGUGGACCCUGCAAUGAAGAAAAAGCGUACUUGUUGUAUGAAAUACCGAUUUUUUUGGGUUUAAAACCUUUGUUUGAAUUAUUUAGGACAGCAUCGUUUCAAGUAGAUAUAUUAUAUAUUAUAUAUAUAUUAGGAGAUCUUGGUGAUAUGAUGCUGCAUAUGAUGAAAAAUGACGGUUCGUUUCAUGAAUAUGAUAGUGAAUAUUUACAAAAAAUGUUAAAACAUAUUUUAGUAUGUAGUAGAUGUUGUAAAUAUUUAAAAGAUUUUAUAAUGGCAAUUGAUAAAUUUCUUGAGGUAGGCGAUCCCGUACCAGAUUAUAGUGAUCAAUGUAAUGUAGAAGUAUUUUUAGAUGACAUAAUACCUUGUGAUAUUUUUUUGAUAGACGGUGAAUUUAAUGUGAUUAGAGAACAAUAUUAUUCCGCAUUGUUAAAUGAUACUAAUGAGUUGGGUAUUGAAGCCUCGCACAGUCUCGUGUUAAAGUUUAUACAAGAACAUGGCAGUGUUUCGCAAAUAUGA